AUGCGCAGGCGCGGCCGCCGGUGGGCGGGGCUGGCCUGCGCGCAGGCGGGAAGGGAGGGCGUCGCGCGGCUGGGCGUGGGCGCGGGCGGUAGUCGAAGCCCUGUAGGGCGCCGGGAGAGUCGGCGUUGCUGGUGCUCCCCGCGGGGAAUGGAGGGGACGGCCGUGGCCGUCUGCGAGGUGGAUGAAAAGCCCACAAUUUUGAUGACAGAUAGUCUGGUUAUAAAGAAUUUUUUACGAAAAAUUGUCAUGGUGCACCCUAAGCUUAGCUUUUCUUUGCUUUGCAGGGCCGAGAAUGAACCCACUUUGAACCUGUUGAAUGGAAUUGCUCUUGUCGUAAACUAUCAGCAUUAUGUGAGUAGACCAGAAUUUGGUACAAGUGAAUUAUUCUGCAGCAGAAUCCAUCCUGUGCUAGGACAUCCAAUAAUGCUUUUCAUCCCUGAUGACGUGGCUGAAAUGGGCUUGUCGAGAGAGCUGAUACUGACUCCAGCUGCUGCUCUGUGUCCCUGCCCGAAGGUCUUUUCCAACCAGCUGAAUAGGAUUUCUUCAAUUUCCAUAUUUCUGUAUGGACCUUCAUGUCUGCCUCUGAUAUCGCCAAGUCAGGAACAGCCAACUACUACUGUCUUCAAAGAUACCUUUCAUUUCAUUGACUGGAAGAAAUAUCACUUGUGUGUGGUGCCCAAUUUGGAUCUUAAUUUGGAUAGAGAUUUGGUGUUUCCAGAUGUGAGUUAUCAGGUGGAAUCCAGUGAGGAGGAUAAGUCUCAGAAUAUGGACCCCCAGGGACAAACUCUGCUGCUUUUUCUCUUUGUGGAUUUCCACAGUGGAUUUCCAGUCCAGCAAAUGGAACUGUGGGGAGUUCACACUCUGCUCACAACUCAUCUCAGUGCCAUCCUCAUGGAGAGCCACAGCAUGGUGCAAGAUUCCAUCGAGGUUGCCGUGGACCAGGCCUUGGAGCAGCAUCACCAGGCUGCCAAGGCUCAUCAGAAACUGCAGACCUCACUCUCAGUGGCUGCGAAUUCCAUCAUGAGUAUCGUGACUGGAAGCACCAGCAGCAGCUUCCGAAAGAUCUGCUUCCAGGCCCUUCAAGCAGCUGAUACACAGGAGUUUGGGAACAAACUGCACAAAUCAUUUCGUGAGAUUACCCAGCACCGAUUUCUUCACCAUUGCUCAUGUGAGGUGAAGCAGUUGCUCCCAGAGAAAAAUGAUGCAGAGCAGAGCACAGAGGAUGCACAUGAAAACAGCAACCUGGAGCUCCUUGCAGGGAUCAGCAAGCAAGUGAAAAACAAGAGGCUCAGGAGGGGCAGUCUCCGCCAGGGCGUGGAAGACAAGCAGGCUUUCCACUCAGCCAGGGCCCCGAGCCCGUCGGAGGCCGCCCCACGCCCCGCGGAGCCUACCGCGGCCUCCCUGACCCCUAGCAGGGCAGGCCCGGGGAGAGACCUGGAGGACGCGCUGUGGCUGCAGGAGGUCUCCAAUCUGUCCGAGUGGCUGAGUUCCGACCCUGGGCCCUGAGCCGAGCCCUCUCCCCGCGCGUCCGGCCCGGCGGCUGCUGGAGCC